CAAGUACUAUUCUAAAGUAAGAAAGAACUAUUUUUGUAGUCUUGUAAUAGUGCAUGACGAUGCAAUUAGCGCGACCAGCACGGUAAUCCUUAUGACCCGCCGCGCUACAAUAUCAAUAGCACAGGAAGUUUACCCCAUAACAGCCAGGGACAAGCAAACAAGCAAGGUUUCCUCUUUUUGUCUUAUUUUUAGAGCUCGGCACAUUGACGUCGCAUCGUCACAUUCGCUUCCUGGUCUGGUGCCCCUCAGGUGUCUCACAGAAGGGCAGUGAUCUGCUACACUAUAAAGGACCAGACGAUCCCUCCCUUCUCUUGGCCAUUAAAAAAAACAUUCGCUUAGUUUUUUUUUUAUCUACUACUAUACUCUUUCAACCACAUUCGCUUAACUACACACAUACACAAUGCCUGCUACCUCUAUCCUCUCGCUUGCCAUGGCCGGUCUGGCCUCUGCCGCCGCCAUUGCCCGCUCGGCCACCACCACCGAGACCAAGGCCUUCAACUUGAUGGUCCGCGUGGACGGCGCCGACUUUACACCCGCUGUCAACGGUAACUGGGUCACCGGUGUUCACAUUGGCGCCGCGCUGGAUGCCGUUGUGCCCACCGCCGACUUCAACCUCGCCCGCACAUUCUACGUCAACGGCACCGAUGAGGAGAUUGACGGCAAGCAGGGCCGCCUCAUCUCCGAUGCCAGCGACCAGUUCUUCCAGGGCUGGGAGAUGGCCAAGGACGGCAACACGCUUGUCUCCAACGUCAUUCUUGCCCCUGGCAACAGAAACCCCGGCGUCACCAUCACCGAGGACGGCCUGGCUUACCUCCAGCCAGAGGACUACAUGGCCUGCAACGUCCCCUCGCCUCACGGUGGCACCAUGGUUGCCAUUUCGCAGAGAGACACCACCAAUAACGCCAACUUGCCUCCCCAGUGCAUCAAGAUUCGCUUGAUUCCUCAGUGCGCUGAGCUCCACGAGCUUGGCCCCGAUGCUACCUACAACCACAACUACGCCCGCACUUCGCGAUGCUAUGAAGAUGCGACUGUUGUUUAGAUGACGAAGGUGUGGAUAUAAUUGGGUAGCAGUGAAAAUGGUUCUGCUGCUGCUGCUCGCCCUUUUUAACGACCGACAUGACUGUACACAUUGUUCAGCGAUCUGUUUAUUAGACUUGAUAUAAUCCUUAAUAUAUUCUUGAACAACACC